AUGGAGAAAGAGCAACGGCCUCAGCAGAAGGCUGACCCUAAUGCUCUGUUUCUCUCUCCCUCCCUAGGUCUGAAUGCUGGUGCUUUGUAUGCCCUGUGCACUCUGCUGAAUCACAUGGUGAUCUUGCAUUACCCGGGGGAAGAAGUGAACGCUGGAAGAAUCGGCCUGACCAUCGUCAUAGCUGGAAUGCUCGGGGCUGUGAUCUCAGGCAUCUGGCUGGAUAAGACCAAAACCUACAAGGAGACAAUCCUGGUGGUCUAUUUCAUGACUCUGGUGGGCAUGGUGGUGUACACGUUCACCUUGAACCUGGGACACCUGUGGGUAGUGUUCAUCACCGCUGGCACAAUGGGCUUCUUUAUGACUGGCUAUCUCCCUCUGGGAUUUGAGUUUGCUGUGGAGCUGACAUACCCAGAAUCAGAAUGCAUGUCGUCUGGCCUCCUUAAUGUGUCUGCCCAGGUAUUCGGGAUCAUGUUGACCAUUGCCCAGGACCAGAUUAUCGGGAAGUAUGGGGCCAUGCCUGCAAACAUCUUUCUGUGUGUGUUCCUCACCCUUGGAGUAGUCCUCACUGCAUUCAUUAAGGCAGAUCUCCGGAGGCAGAAAGCAAACAAGGAAACUCCUGACAAUAAGCUCCAAGAGGAGGAAGAGGAGGAGGAGAGCCAUACCAGCAAAGCCCCCUCGGCCCUCUCUGAGGAGCAUUUCUGAGAGAGGAAGGUGGCGGCGACUCAGGGAACACGAACAUCCCCCACUUCUGUCAGCACAGCUCACUGCCAGCACAGACGUCUUCACUGGAGCAGCUUUUGGAGGGAAGCAGCUGGAAUGCUUGUGGCCUGGAUGGCAGGGCCUGUGCCUCCUGGAGCCCAUGCAAGAGCUCGUGUGGUCUAGUCGGGGAAAAUGGCACCCUUCACCAAAUGCAGGUUCGACCCCGCCCCUCCCCCUUUGGGUCAGGGGAGCUGGUGUCGGGAGAGGCUGGUGCAGGACCUGGGGGCCGGCCCUGGCCUGGGGUUUGCCUUCCCUCUUCCUCUCCUCCCUUAUGGAGAAGGCCUGCAAAACGAUCACGGGAGGAGAGCUCAUUCAGGAUGUUAACUUGUUCUUGUGUCUUAAGACCCCUCGAAGCCCAGUUCUCGGGAGCGGCCGCUCUCUGGAUGAGGGUUGUCCAUGGUGCCUCACUGACUGCUGAGUUCUCUGGGAGAGACAGCGCCAUCAGAACCACCUUCAUCGGAGCAAACCCAUCGGCACUCUGGGCCUCGAUUCUCUGGGCCUGACCUUGGGGUCUGUCUCCAAACCCUCUUUCCUGAGAGCUAUCAAACCAACAUCAAUAAACUUGAGAAAAGCUUUGUUGUGACCACGAAGGAGAAAGCGAUUUGGCCAAGUUUACCGCCCAGGUGUGCGAGGCUGCUGGGCACCUUCUGAGCGUCUGUGAAGGCCCAGAUUUGGGAACUCUGGUACUUGAUUUGGGAACGGGAAGGUUCUUUCUAAAGAGAAGUCCUUGCCCAGGCACUUCUGUGUGUGUCAGUCACCUCUGACGCCUUCAUCUGGACGUUGGCUUGAGAAACUCGGUCAUUGGCCUAAGUGCUUGUUUUCUCUGGAGGGAGGGAAAUCCCAGCCGACUUCCUGUAACCUUGCUGAAAAGUAAUCUUGAUUCAUUCCAGCCUGAAAACGCAACACUGCUUCUGAGAUGAGAAAAAAGGGCAGAAGGAAGGAGGCCAUUGAUGUGGGAAUUCUCUGCCUGAAUUAAGCGUAUCCCACCUCUCGUGGGGACAGUAUCUGGACCCACCCCCUCGAGCAACACUCUUUAUCAGAUGUUCUCAAUUUAAAGGGAUUCCCUUUGAACCAUCUCAAGCUGACCUCCUCUUUUGCCUAGCCUGCUGUCUGGCUCUACUCAUGAGCUUGGGUUGCCUUUCCUGAAAGUAAGACAUUUUGCAUUUCUCCUGUGCAUUGAGCAGCUGUGAUCUUGACCACCAUGCUGAUCUGCUGUGGCCACGGCCCUGGCUGCAGCAUGUCGGGGCAGCCUGCGCUGGCUGCAGUGCUGGGCUGCUUAGGCCACUGCCCGAGGGGAGCCUGGGGUGUGUGUACAGACUCUCUGUCGUAAUAAAAGUUCACUUCUGGUGGGAGGAGUGAGUUAGGAGUGGAAGGGAGCUGGAGAGAAGGUGGACCUUACUUUGCGAUAAGGAGAAAGGUCUUUCCUCUUCAGCCCCUUAAAAUGUGGUAACCAAAUGUUUACUGAAUCUAUUGCUUUAUUUUAAAAACAGUUUGUAUUUUCUGUUUGUAAUACCAGAUGUUUUAGGGCGAUAAAAGAUUCUUCACAUGG